AUGGCGCCAACGUUCCGCAACGACAUUCGCAACGUCGGGGGCCGUGAUGGCAUCUACGAUGAGAAGGUCAACCACCAGCUCAAGCUCAUGAGCAUCAACCCUAUCGCAGGCAGCACGGUGACGCGACCACCGCUCUCGCCCCUCGCGCGGCUUCGAGCCCAACGCCGUCACUUGCCACCGCGAAAUACGACCCCCACCCCCUUCGCCAAACGACUGAGUCGAAAUCGCAAGUCCCAAGAGCGCCACGAGACACGCGAACACCUCCAGAACAUCCACGUCAUGAUGAAGAAGAUUCUGUGUUACGACGCUAAAAAGCCUGUCGUCGCAGCGAGCCCGCGCCCCCCCAAAGCACCCGACGACCUCGCCCUUGUGUGGCGCAAUGGGUUUAGCCUGCCAGAUACGGUGGCCCCCGCUAUCGACGUGGAAGCCUCGCGUCGUCUCUAUCUGACCAAACAAGUGGAGGCCGCGCCAAAACCCCCCGUUGGCAUCCGCGCGCAGUCCCCGCGCCCCAAGUCGAGCCCGUGCAUGCGGUCGUCGAGUCACCUCCACAUCCUCAUUCCCGCGCUCGAAGCCUACAUGUCGAGCCAUCGACUGCAUGUGCUCGGGCUCUUUGGCACGGAGAAUGCCAGCGGCGAUGGCGCAGUGAGCGCCUACAACCUACGCCAAGUGCUCUUUGGCUUGGGCCUUGGAUGGUCCCAGACCGACAUCACGGUGCUCAUUCGCGCCUUGGAUCCAGCAGAAGAAGGGCGCAUCCACCCGUCCACCAUGGAAGCGCUCUUGCGCCGCUUCCGUCGACCUGUCCCCGACGCGACGCCGCCCAGCUCCCAUCGUCAGCGGAGCGUUGCGUCCGCGUCCUUGUCUGGUCGGCGCUUCUUACUGCCCACGCCGCCGCCGCGCCUGCCGUCAUCGUCCUAACUCUACAUGGUUUGCGCA